GUGAGGACUGCUUUAGUCCACUGAAGCUCCAUUCACAUGUUCAGCCACAGUCAGGUGUUACACUCUGAGGAAGAGAUAUGAAGGACUCACAGCUCCCAGCCAUCAAAAUGCAUCUAUGGCCGAAACAGAAAACGAGCAAAAAAUCCAAUAAUGACUCUCCGAAGACGCAAAAACCAGCCAAGCCCCUGGCUUCUGCUGCCACGUGUGCCAUCCCGCAGCUGACUGACGCAGAGAGGAGAGAGCAGUCUCCAUUUGAGAGGAUCGUCUAUGACAUGACACACAACGAGAAGAUCGUCAAUGACCUGGUGCUCGGUCGAAGGAUCGGCUUUUACGAGCUGCGUGGAGAAAUCGGGCAAGGCAACUUCUCUACAGUCAGGCUGGGCAUCCAUGCCUUGACGAAAGAGAGAGUAGCUGUUAAAAUCAUGGACAAGCUGCAUCUGGAUAAGAAGAAACAGCCUCUGACUUCCUCAGAGAUCAGCUGCAUGGAGAAGCUGUGCCACCCCAACAUAGUGCGCCUUUAUGAGGUGAUGGAGACGAGCCGGAAGCUGUAUCUGGUCAUGGAGUACGGCAGCGGUGGAGACUUGUUCUCUCGAAUCACCACGAGGGGGAAGCUUAACGACCUGGAAGCCAAGCUGGUCUUCGCACAAAUCGUCUCUGCUGUUAAGCACAUGCACGACUGCAACAUCAUCCACCGAGACCUGAAACCGGAGAAUAUCUUCUACACCACCAGCUUUUGCAUCAAAGUUGGGGAUUUUGGCUUCAGCACAGAGAGCAGCCCUGCUGAGCUUCUCACCACUUUCUGUGGCUCUCCGCCCUACGCUGCUCCUGAACUUUUUAAGGAAAAGGGAUACUCUGGACGUUACUCAGACAUUUGGGCUUUAGGUAUUCUCUUGUACUUCAUAGCAACAGCAACGUUACCCUUUUAUGGGGAAAAUCUGGGCAGGCUGAAGCGCUGCAUCCUCCAGGGGGCUUACCGUAUCCCCUCUUAUGUGCCAGAUCCGUGCCAGCUGGUCAUCAAAGGCAUGCUGCGGAUUGUGCCUGCUGAUCGCUCCUCUUUAACGCAGAUUUCAGACAGUGCUUGGCUGAAGGGGAUCGAGUUCCCUCGUCCCUAUACGCUGUUGCCGCUGUCUCCCGCUCACUUUGCCCAGACAAAUCAGACUCUGUGUGUGGAAGAGCAAGAGGUAAAGAGUUUGCUGUCGGAUCUCGGGGUCGUGGCGCUUCAUUUCCAGAAUAACCCCUGCUUGGACUGCAGGAAUCCACUGACAGGGGCCUAUCGGAUCCUCCUCCAUCGAGUCCAGAAGAGGAGGUCGGUCGAGGCUGUGGGUUACUCUUUGCUCCAACCAGAUGAGUACGAGAGUCCGAGCAAGUGGUCUGCAGCAUCAGUUGACAAACACAAUCCUUCCACUGUAUGUGCAAUACUAUAAUGACAAAGAACUGCACUGGACUCCUUCAUUUGUGGCACCAAAGCGACUUUAUCACAUGUGUGCGCUCUCAUGCAGUCCAGGUAGUAUGUUACACACAGACUGAAGUAGCAGUGGCAGUGGAUGUGGAGGUCAGAGUGGACAGUUGUUUUCUACAUUGUAAAUCAAUUACAGCUCAUAGACCAGGACAUGCCUGUGAUUACAUCACCAACGGCAAGAUUACUGACGCAGAACACCUAUCAAUCACUGAAUGGCUAUCAGCAUCUUCCAAUCCUUCUUAGUCAGGACAUAAAUCUGACCUAAUCCAGGUAAGCCUAAUGAGAGAGCCACAAGGGAGCAUGCUUGGCCCAACAGAAAGUAAAAAAGAAAAUGUGUCUCAGGAGGAAAUACAAGAAAAAGAGAGAAAACAAAAAAUAAAUUGUAAAAUUAGCCUACCACAUUUGCAUUACAGCAAAUGCCUCAAAUGCCUUCAUUGGGUAUGCAUGUGACAUAAAAGUGAUUAUAAAUGCAGUUCAUGUUGUUCACUAAGGAGGAGAGUCAAGAGCACAAUGAAUGUUGAGAGUUUACCUUGGUGUUAUUAUAUCUAUUUUUUUUUCAUAUCUUUGUAAAUUAUUCUCAUGUUUGCUCACGUUUUAAAGCAAUGUUUUCAUAAAUCCUCCAGGGAUGCUGCCCUGAGCUUAAAGCCACGCUGUAUCAGUAAUUCUAGCAAAGAUUAAGGCCAGAUUCAUUAAACAGAAUAAAGUUAUUUUCAAACAGUAAUUUAAAACUGUUUCCCCUCUAAUCUCCUCAUCUGGACAUCCUCCCCUGAUUCUUUCCUUCCAGCAGGAGGCAUGUUAUCACAGGACAAUGUGAUCAUUUCGUUCUGCUGCAUGCAAGACUCCAGAUUUAUAUUGUUAAAAAUUGCAAUUUCUACUGGGAUGCAAAAUGAGAUCUUCUUUAUUUGUAAACCUUGAAAUUCGAUAAAUCUUCGACUCUCGAGCCAGUUCUCAGGAACUGACUUUGGAGUCAAUUCAAGCACUUUCGGGAAAACGAGUUUAUGAAAAAUGAAAGUGUGCACUGUGAACAUAACGUGUCAUUUCACCCCAAGUGCAUAUAAAAACGAACUGGCUCUCUCUCCAGUUAAUGGUGGUUAAUUUUCCCAUCACUUGCACUUCUCCCUGAGGGUACAGCAGUUUCUCUAAACCAGGUAUAGCUCUGGGACCAGUAACAUUAAAACUUGACGUCAGUCCUGUCAAUGACUGCACACACCUGCUCUGUUUCCGAUGGGUAUUUGGCACUAUCAUAAGCUUUAUAUUUUGCAAUAAAAUUUUUAGCCCUCAACCCGCAGCGUGUUCGCACAAGAAUGUGAACACACUUUGUGGGCAAGCGCAGACAUAUAGAGAGAUCACAAAGAUCCGAACAAGUGCCAAGAAUUAGUCCUGACUCGCUGUUUAUUUAUGACUCUGCUCUUGUUCGGUACCAGUGGGCAAUAAGUGUCUGUUAUCAUUUCCACUUGAGAAAGCUCUUAUCAUCAAGUCUCAGCAGAGUCAUUCAUUAAACUGCUCACAGAUCUAAUCGCUAAUGUUCUUUGUGAACUUAACAUUGAGAAAAAAGGGGUUCAAAAGGGUACACGGGCAUGGCUGCAAAGUAAGCGGCUUGUUUUCCACCAGAGUCAGUCAUUUACAUUCAAAGUUAAAUGAGCGUGACAUAUCACUCAACAAACAAAAACAUUAGAUUUUUCUGUGCGAUGUAAAGCCUGAGACCAGAAGGCCAAAUCUAUGAAUUUGCUCAUAUGAUCACAUAAUAAUCUAAGUCUUAAUCUUUUUUUCUUUUUACUUUUCUCCCUUCUUCUUUUACACUUGUUACUUUCACAUUAUUAAUGUUCUGCUUUUACCUUUACUCAUCCUCUGGGAUUAUCACAAAGAGCCAAGUUUUUGUCUUCAUAAGCAAGUUUGCAUUUGUUGGAAAUGGUAUUUGGCAGUAAAACAGAACCCCUGAGCUCCGAAUGAAUGACAAAUCAGAGCAGAGAAGGUUGUGAAAUAGUAAACAGUACAUUCCUAAUGUGGGCAAUUUGUGCUAACUAUGAGGUUUUUUGCAUAAGAAAACUGCAAUUAUAGUGGACUGCAUGUUAAACAUAUGUAUGUGCAUGUACGGGGGGGGGUUGGCCCACCUCCCUGCUUAUUCUCUUUCCUAAUCUCUCCACCAGAGAAAUAAAAGUUCCCCAAAGUCGUUA